UGGCUUCCUGAAACCGUCCUGGCUUUGUGUGUACGUGCAUACGUGACGCACAUCUGCUGCGGUCGUCUCUGUCAGUAACAGACGACAAAUGCGCAUGCGUGGACGUCAACAAAGAGGAAAGAAUGCCCGAGUUCCCCACUACAUUCCUUGUAAUUACGAACAAAGCUUCUGUGUCUAAAACCACCGAAACCUCAGUGUAUAUCAAAGUAGUUGUGGAAGCCAAACAAUAAACGCAGGGCAAUAAUAUUACUGUUUUUUUUUGUUCCGUUUUGUCCCAAAUUACUCGCCGUAGUCAGAAUGUCGGCAGAGCGACUAUUUACGGAACAAAAAUAAUUUGGUUUUCUGCAUAUUAUUAAGCAAAAGUGAGAUCACAUUUUUCAGGUUAUAUUUCAAGAAUCCCCUGUUUAAUGUGCAAAAUAAACUGUUUAUAGGGAGUUUUUUAUAUUUGCUUUUUGGUUACAUUUUGUCCCUUAUUCCUCGCCGUAGUCAAAAUGUCGGAAGGGCGAUUGUUGACGGAACCAAGAUGAAAUUCGUUUGCUGCACAAAAUGAAGUACAAUUGAUUUUUUCAUCAUAGUUGAUGGUUAUUUUUCGUGACUACCUUUGGAUAUUGUUGCCAUGUGCACCCGGAGCAAAAAUCACGGCUAAUGUUGGUAAUCGAAACCUCCCCGACAGUCUCACGUUAGCCAGCUAAAAUAGAGGGUUAGUUGUAGAUGCCAAAUUCUAUUUCUGUUGUGAGUGUAAUUAAGCCAUCACCUGCAAAUGGGGCGCUGAAUGGAGUUAAAUUAACUGACAGUUAGCUCGACAACAUUUUUGUAAAGCGUGAGGUUCAGUGUUUUUUAGGACCGCAACGGGCAUCGCCAUGGCCGACCCACUGGUGACCUUUCAGUCGCAGCUCUCCGGGGUGAUGGAGACCGUCUUCAAGGCUGCCAUGUAUGAGAUCACCAGACUUGUGGAGGACAGUUUCAUGGAGGAGGUUGCGCGGUGCAGGCAGCAGGUGGAGCGUUUGAAGAGGAGGCUGAAAUGGUCGGAGAGCCGACGCAAGGAGAUGCAGUUGGGCGACGGGGGACUGAAAUGUGCUGACUACGGUGGAUUGGAGAUGCUAAACGAAGAGAAGCCGGAAGUGAUCCAGCCAGAACAUAAUCUUAAGCAAGAGUGUGGGCUGCAAGAAGAUAUGCAAAGCCAAGACAGAGUUGAUGGACAAACAUCUCGUUCGGAAGAGGAGGCCGGCAUUGACAUGAAGGCAUCACAGUCUUCAAAUGUGCAGAAUGUAGACCGGCUGCUCAAGGAGGAAGCCCUUGGCAUCACACCAGAAGCAAAUGAUCCGGGGGAUUUGGAUGAAACACAGACGUCAGCUGUGCCAGGGCCAAGUAAACACACCAGAUUACAGAGAAAGUCUCCCAUAAACUGGGAAGCCUUUGACCAGAGGCUGGAAUCGUCUCAAACCGUUGGCUCGGGCAACCAGUCGGAAGCACCUCCGCAGAGCAGGUACGUCAUGGACGACAUUAAAAACAGUGGCUACGGGGACACGAGCAUGAUAGACAUCGCUAACUUGGAAGUGCAAGGGUCAUCACAACCAGGCGAUGACGUUGCCUACACCGGUCACUACCAAGGUGAGGUAGACGCACCGGAGGAGGCCGAGCAACAAACGUUCCAAACGGGUGAAGCGAUAUACAGAGGCGGGACAGGACUCAGGACUAGCGCUGAUUUAAGAGAAUUCCCUUGUUUACUGAUCAAUGAGGAAGGAUACAUUCAGAAUCAGAGCCUCUUGCACCCUACACACGCUUCAAGUGACAGACUGAGCUACCAGGACCAAAGUGUUGACAUUCACGCAUCCUUGGGUGGCGCAGGAGAUCUGUAUGGACCCUCAAAGGCGUUCCACGCAUGUGAUAAUGCACACCCGAGAGCAUGGAGAGGAGCGAGGGGGCUCGUUUGUAACCAGCCCUUUCCUUCUCCUGCCGCUCCUAAGGCACACAAGCAAACAUUCACUCAAGCCUGUCCCCUCAACGUCCACCAGAAGAUCCACUCAGGGCAGGGGAUUCAACUCUGCAGCCGUUGCGGUAAAGGUUUCCCCACUUUCUUCGACCUGAAGACCCACAGGUGCGGCCAGGCCGGCAACAAGCCUUACUGCUGUGCCAUAUGUGGAAACGAAUUCAGCCGUCUCUGGAAUCUGAAGCUGCACCAGAGAAUCCACACCCAGGAGAAACCUCAUCAGUGCGCCACGUGUCACAAGAGCUUCACACGAGCGGACAUAUUGAAGGUGCACCAGCGUACCCACACAGGAGAAAGACCAUACUGCUGCACCGUGUGCAGCCUCAGCUUUAAGCGCCUGGAUCAUCUGAAAUCGCACCAACGCAAACAUUUGACACAUCUGUAGAGGUAUACACAUAGAAAAUCAUACAAUUAAUCAUUAAUCAUUAAUCAUCUAAUAAUACAGUUAAAGGCUUUUUGAGCUGCUUGCUUUUUUUUUCAUGAGUGAAAAUCUGAAUGAUGUCGUCUGGUCACUUCAUUUUUUUUUGCUCUUUUCUACUCAAUAACAUUUCAAUGAUAAUAUUUGUUUGAAAAUGUAACAGAAG